AUGUUGGGCUUUGCCCAACCAUUUUUGUGGUUGGUGGACCUCUACAUCAGUUUCUUAUUGCUGGCUGUUGUUCUCUUUAGUGCCAAAGUGGGGCAAGAUGCAUUAGAGAUCGGCUUUCACCGCACGAGGUCCUUCCUUCCAGCGCAGGGACAUCCAAAUCAAGUGUUGGUGUGUGAUGACCAGAUCAUCUUUCAAUGUAUUCUGCCGUAUUUCGCUUGGAAUCUGCCCUUAGCUGCCAUUUUCAUCGUAAAGCAUUCGGUCUUGAAGAGACCCCUCCAGCGCUUCGGAAGUGGACGAAGAGUCUAUAGCUUUACCAGCGCGUUGUGCCUGCAUCUCUUCAUGGCGUUCUACAAGGAUUUGGACGUGGAAGGUCUGUCUUUGGACUUGGCCCACCUGGGCAUCAGCAGCUGGCGCCACUUCAGCGCUUCCAGCGCCGUGAUCCUCGUGAGCUUCGUCGCCUUCGCAGCGCACCGAAACGGCAGCUGGUUCAGGGCCAUUCUUUUUGGAGACUUCACCAAGACGCAGGGCGGGUGUCCACGAUGUCCGGUGAAUAUGGAUGUCUUCACUGGGAUGGGCAUUUGUGUCUACAAGGAGCUGGGCUGGACAGGUUUUCUGCUGUUCAAUGCUUUCUCCAUCAUCCCCCGGCGCAUCACACUGGGCGACGUUGUCAUGCGCCUCUGCGCGGGCAUUUAUCUGUGGACGAUGAAGUCGGGCCAAAGACGCUCACAACGGUGUCAGCCGUGGCUGAACCCUAGGGUCGCGUUCAACAAGGGGUUGAACUAUGGGAUUCUCAGGACUCAAACAUGUUUUAAGCAGAUCGUCAACCAACAAGGGGUUGACGAUUUUUCACGUGGGUUGGAAUUGCGGCACCCACAAGAGGAUUCUCGAGAAACUGCUCACAUGUAUCUGCCAACUUUAUUGGGGUUUCGCCUCAAACUUUAUUGGUGA